UCCGCCGCGCCGGCAAGUCGGCAACACUGCUCAAGCUGACAAACCACGCUACUAACCCACCGGCUUCAUAAAUCUCCGAGCAAUUCGAAAUUCCAAAAUCCCUUCUGCUGCCUCGGCUCGCCGCAGCGCAGCGCAGCUUCUCCGACCUCCUGCCCGGAACCCUAAUCUCCGGCGGCCAUGGCGGCGCCGCGCGAGCUGGACCUCUCCGACGAGGUCGAGGGCGAGCAGGACUGCACCACCGACUUCGUCUUCCGCCUCGCCGGCGACCCCAUCCCCGUCCUGCCCAGGGCCUCCGCCCCGCUCCCCCUCUUCGACCUCCAGUCCCCGCCCGCGCGCCCGCUCGCCGUCUCCAACCGCCACGCCGCCGUAUUCCUCGCGCACCCCAACGGGUUUAUCGCCGCGCGGACCAAGGCGCUGAUCGAGGCCAGCAAGGAGGCGCGGGAGAAGGGCAAGGCGAGCACCCGCUGCGCGCAGGACUGCUGCGUCGCUGACGUGCCCCUCCCCGCCGUCUCGCUCCUAGCGCUCUCGCGCGACGAGUCCGUGCUUGCUGCCUGCGCCGGCAGCGACAUCAAAUUCUUCUCGGUUACCUCGUUGCUCACUGAUAAGGAUGUUGAGCCAUCCUCAUCAUGUAGCCUGGGACAAUCUGGCACUAUUAAAGAUUUCAAGUGGCUAAAUCACGCCUAUAUUGUACUCUCAAAUGGUGGACUGCUAUCUCAUGGGAGUUUGGGGGAAGAAGACCUCAAGGAUGUGAUGGAAAAUGUUGAUGCUGUUGACUGUUCCAAGGACGGGAAUCACAUUGCUGUUGCAAGAAAGAAUUCACUCAGGAUAUUAUCCUCAGAUUUGAAGGAAACAUGUUGCAUGGCCCUCUUGUUUCAGUUGUGUUCUGAGAGUGAUUCAGAGGGCACUGACAUCAAAGUGGAUUCCAUUGGUUGGGUGCGCGAUGAUAGCAUUGUUGUCGGUUGUGUUCGAUUGGAUGAAGAAAGCAACGAAGUGGGUUAUCUGGUCCAAGUUAUAAGAAGCGGAGGCAAUACAUUUUUCGAGAGCUCAAGCAAGCCAGUUGUUUUUAGCUACGAUUUUUUUGGAGGUAUCAUGGAUGAUAUUUUACCAUCUGGAGCUGGACCAAAUUUGCUAUUGGGCUAUCUUCAUCGCUGGGAUCUCAUGGUUUAUUCAAAUAAAAAGAGCACAGAUGACCACAUUUCACUUUUGAAAUGGCCGUCCAUAACUGAUGAUGAAAGAACUGUGGUAUACCUUGAAAUGGUGGAGGAUAAAUAUAGUCCUAGGAUUGAUCUGCAAGAGAAUGGCGAUGACAAUGUCAUAUUGGGAUUUGGUGUGGAGAAUGUUUCAUUAUUUCAGAAGAUCACAGUACUGGUCGGACCUGAACAGAAGGAGGUUGCUCCUCAACAUCUUCUACUUUGUUUGACUAGUGAAGGGAAACUAAUUAUUUAUUAUCUUGCCAGGAUUUCUGACCCUUCCGAUUUACCUCAAACAAGUCUGUCUUCUAUUGAAGAUAGUAAUGUGAAUAAACAAAUUUCUCCUGCAACUGUAUCUGGAAAGGACUUGACUCCAAGUGUUACAAGCUCAAUGGCCAAGAGCCUGCUCGCAGAACCUGGGGCUGAGCCAUCUAGUGCACAUGCAGAGAGAGACCAGCAUGGAUCAAGAGAUGCAGAGAGCAGUCCCUCAGUUUCAAAAAAUAAGGACAUAGCUGGCAGUUCGUUGUCUAUCACUUCCGAUAAGAAGUCAUUGAAUACCAAGCAAGUGAACAUGGAUUCCCCAUUUGCACCUCCCUUGAGCUCAGCACCAACAAGCAACACGAAACCUGGAAUGCCAUUCAGCUUUUCUACUGCUAAUAAUGUUGGCCUGAAUUCAACAGGAAGCAAGGGAUCUAGUGAAUUAAUUUCUUCCUGGCAACCGAACAACAGCAGCAGUUUUGCAAACAGCCAACUUGGUAAAGAUGGCCUUGAUUCAGCCAAACCACUGGGAGCAUUUGGGGGAUCUCAGAACACUACAAAAGGUGGUGGUAGCCUUACUUUUAAAUCAUCAUUGUUCAGCUCUGACGGAUCAGGUCCAGUUAAGACCGCAGAAAGGAAUGAGGGUACUGGUUUUGGAAGCUACUCGGCGCAAACCAGCUACACUACUGAGAAAAAAGUUCUUGGGUCCUCAGCUGGCUUAAGUCCUGCACCAUCGUUGCCGAUUUCUCCAAAUAAACUGGCUGGAUCUUCAUCUGCUGGGUUUAGGGCAGGAAAUCUCGAAGUACUUCCUACCUCCCAUGGAUCACCUCUGCCACAGCAAAGCAUUGGCAAAUCACAUAACAACCGGACUCAUACGUCAGCGGAUUCAAGAAAUGUUAAGUUAGGAAAAAUGUUUGAUACCGAACAAGAUCUAUCUAAAAAGUUUUACAGUAUAAAUGAUAUGACCGAGGAGUUAGACACCCUCCUGGCAUACAUAGAAAAAGACGGUGGUUUCAGAGAUGCUUGCAUAACUUUGCAGCAGCGUCCUCUUUCAGUUCUUGAGGGUGAUCUGCAAAACUUUUUGGAAUUAUUGCAGGUCUUCAAGAACAAAUUAGAGGAACAAUGUUUAAAAGCUGAUGAUCUGCGAAAUAAGAUGUUCCAAGUUUCUGCUAGGCAAGCUUAUAUGAAGGGAAUUCUCAGUCAGUCUUCAGAUACUCAGUACUGGGAUAUCUGGAACCGCCAGAAAUUGAGUCCAGAAUUUGAAACGAAAAGGCAAAAUAUUCUCAAAGCUAAUCAGAAUUUGACAAAUCAGCUGGUAGAGCUGGAGAGGCACUUCAAUAAUCUGGAGAUGAACAAAUUUGGUGAAACAGGAAGAGUUGCUUCUAGUCGUAGAGUUGUUUAUUCCAACAAGCCACGGUCUAGCCAGACACAAUUAUCCAGUGUGUACAAUGCAUUGAAUUCGCAAUUAGCUGCAGCUGAGCAACUAUCUGAAUGCCUUUCAAAGCAGAUAUCUGUACUAAAUAUAAGUUCUCCUUCUAAGAAGCGAGGGACAGUGACCAAAGAGUUGUUUGAGUCAAUUGGGCUAGCCCAUACGACAGAUGCAACCAAAUUUUCAGGCGUUACCCCUUCCAAGUUAAAUCAGAGGUUUCCAUCCACAAAAGAACACGCUAAGGGCAUGCUGGGACCUUCCAAGAGUGCUGAGCCUGAGACUGCCCGAAGGAGGAGAGAGUCACUGGAUAGGAGUUUGGCUAGCUUGGAGCCUCAGAAAACUACCGUAAAGAGAAUAACGCAACAUCAACGCCUCAAGAUCAGCAGUGAUCUUCCAUUCAGGUCAAACAAGAAAAUGUUUGAUUCUCAAAUGGCAGCUAUCUCCCGAGAAACUCUUAGUGGUAGCCCCAGUUCAUCCUUAGUAGAAUCAUAUACUAGCAGGCUGCGUUCUCCAGCUGAAGUGCUGGAUGAGAAAACAAAACCGUCAGAACCCCAGCACAACUCUUUGUUCAAAUGGGUAAAGGAACCGGCUGGGCCAUCUCAAGGCCCGGAGCAAAAGCAUCUUGAGUUACCAGGGCGAAUAAAAAGUGCUGAUCUGUCUUCAAAGGUUGUGACAUCUUCACCGGCAUCAUUCAGUUACACACAGAAGGAUACAAGGGAUAGGAUCAGCUCACCCAAUGUUUCACCCUUCGGAACAACUCAUACUGUGCCUAAGUCAAAUACUCUGACCUUCAAAACAACAAUAACUCCUAAAAUUAAUGCCAAUACACGACCAGAUAUGUCAUCAUCAGUGACAAGCUCACUGCCUUCAAAAACUUUGUCUGGGGAAUCUGGAGCUGGAUCUACCUUGACUACAAAGAAUAGACAUAGUGACCAGGAUGUGCCAUCUUUUGGAAGCAUCAAAGGAUUGGGCAUUUCUCCACAGAAUAUGGGUGCUAAUAAACCUUCUUUGUCCUCUGAACCUUCUAAGCCUGUUGUGUUGCAUGGGAAGACUUUUCAACUUAGUGGAGUCAGUGAUACUGUGCAGAACUCAGCCAAAGCUUCACCUCAGGUGGCACUACAAGCUCAUGCAUUUUCACCAGCAUCACAAUCGUCUUCAUUCUCUAUCAUGUCAGGUGCUUCCUCCUUAGCUGCAUUGCCCUCAUCAACAUUGCAAGGAUCAGCUGCGAAGACUUCAGAUGCUUCAUCUUCAACUGUUUCUUCCAUACCCCUAUCACAGAAAUCAAUGUCAGGAACUUCCCCAACAGUACCUCAGGGUACCGUGUCUAGCUCCAUACCAUCUAUACCAACACCUGCUAGGGAGUCAUCACCUGGCUUGAAUAAAAAUGUAUCUAAACCUGAAGUGGUGGCAUCAGAGGUGACUGGAACGACAACCCCUUUAAGUGCUCUCUCAACAGGCAUAUCUACAACUGAAAGCACAACUGCAUUGCUUCAAAUGACCAGUAGCAGCUUACCUUCUAAUCCUCCAUCUAUGCCUAAGAUUGUGCCAGGGUCAACAGAAUCUGCUGUUAUCACUUCCACAAGAAAAGAUGCAGGAUCAAGCAAUCUCUCAUCAGAUGAAGAGGAUAUGGAUGAGGAGUCUCCUGCAAGAGCAGAUCUCAACUUGGGAGCCCUUGGUGGGUUUGGUCUUGGGUCUGCACCUUCUUCAAGUCCUAAAAAUUCAAAUCCUUUUGGGGGUACAUUUGGUACAUCUGACAGUAAAUCCUCAGGUUCACCAUUUACUUUGACCACCAGCCCAGGACAGCUUUUCCGUCCAGCAUCACUGAGCAUUCCUUCAUCUCAACCAGCACAGCCAUCUCAAUCAACUAGCUCAAGUACAUUUUCUAGUGCAUUCUCAAGUGGGCUUAGUGGAUUUGGACAGGCUGCACAGGUUGGAGCAGGGCAGCAGUCGGGAUUUGGGCAGUCUGCACAAAUUGGAGCUGGUCAGCAGGCAGGUUUUGGGCAGCCAACACAAACUCAGUCAGGAUUUGGUCAGCUGGCACAAAUUGGAUCUGCAAAACAGUCAGGAUUUGGGCAGCCUGCACAAAUUGGGGGUGGGCAGCAGUCAGGAUUUGGGCAACCUGCGCAGUUUGGUGCUCAGCAGGCGCUUGGAUCUGUUCUAGGUUCUUUUGGACAAUCACGCCAGUUUGGGGCUUUUGCUUCUGCACCUUCCAGUAAUUCUGGAUUUGCUGGUGCUGCAGCAGGUGGGGGCUUCUCUGCAGCUGCUACUUCUGCUGGUGGAGGGUUUGCUGCUGCUGCUGCUACUGGUGGAGGGUUUGCUUCUCUUGCCUCCAAAGGUGGUGGUUUUGGUGCAGCAGCUUCAUCUGCUGGUGGUUUUGGGGGUGCAGCCCAGGGUGGUGGUUUUGGAGGUGCAGCCCAGGGUGGUGGUUUUGGAGGUGCAGCCCAGGGUGGUGGUUUUGGGGGUGCAGUCCAGGGUGGUGGUUUUGGAGGUGCAGCCCAGGGAGGUGGCUUCGGAAGUGGUGGCUUUGGAGCUUUUGGCAGUAAUAAUCAAGGUGCCAGUAGUUUCUCGGCAUUUGGUUCGGGUGGCACCACUGGGCCUGGAGGACCCCCGGCAGAUUUUUUGACACAGAUGAGAAAAUAGUGCAGUUUGUGUCCAGGCACCGCCAAGCCCCAAGUACAUCAUCAGUCCUUGUCCUUCUAAAGAAUGUACAGUAUUGGUCAUGGAUAGGUGGAUAAUGUGGAUAUAUUGCCCUAGUAAUGUCACUUCUUUAUCAUUAGUCUCUGAGAUGAUAUUUAUCGGUGUUCAUGGCUACACCUAGGGUGGCAAGCGGCACGGGUUGCGGAUACAUGUUUGCUCUAAGCUAGCUCAAAUUUCAAUCUGUUCCGUGACACUUUUUGCACUAAAUUUUCAUUUGCGGGACAGAAAGCAGGCACUGCUUGACACCCUAGCUACACCAGACCGUGGACUGCCGGUGGUUUUGUACAACAUCUGAAGAGAAAUGGUUUCUUUUGUAUU